AUGAAGCAAGAUAUCCUGGAAACUUUGUCCGAAUCAGAUCGUAGUGAUGGUGAGCGUCUACGUCGACAUUUGCAAUUCUUUUUCAUGGAUCCAAUAAUGAAAUGGAAAAUGCGCCAUCAAUUUCCGUUUAAAUUAGCCUUACAGAUUUUCAAAAUUAUUUUUAUUACUAUGCAACUAAUACUUUUUGCCGAAUUGCGUAUGUCACAUAUUGAUUUUAUGGAUGAAACACAUACAGUAAUCAGGCAUAAAUUUUUGAAAAAUUGGAAUGCUGAACGUGACACACUUAUUUAUCCACCGUCAUCUGGUCGAUAUUCCGUUUACACCGGCACUGAUAUUAUUGACCAAUUUGCAUUUAUGGUUGUUGCUUAUUAUUCAAUCAAAGAAGAUUCAUUCGCCAGUUUUUCAUAUGAUACAUUAAGAGAUCAAGGUAUCUAUCCUUCGGUUCAAGUGGAUGGUCCGAAAUUUGUUGAUAAUAUUUCUAUUGAUGAUAUACCACCAAUCAAGUUUUGCUUGAAAAAAAUUGCUAAUGUGACGGUUUUCAAUAACACUUAUGAAUUCGACAUUUCGGAAAUCAAUGAUUGUGUAUUAUUGAAAUUUAAAAAGGACGAAGUGAAAGAAAUCCGUCGAAAUGCAAGCUCAUUGAGAGGAUUCCUUGAAAAACGCGGGAUCACAUUUAAACCGGAAGAUGCUUUGAUCAUAUCGGAAGGUGUAUUGAGCUUCAAUUUACGAACCAUUCAUUUUAGUACAAUUUCGACUGAUGAACGACCGGAAUGCUUUUUAAUUCAGGUUUCAAUUACUUUCGACAAUUCCCGACAUACUGGCCAAGUAUACAUUUCUCUAUCAACAGUUAUCAGUUAUGUUACUCUCUGCAAUGGUCGAGUUAUACAUGGAGAUGGUACAUUUACAGUAAGCGUUGUCAUAUUUGUUAUUGAUGUUCUGGUUUUGUUAAUGUGUAUUGCCUCGCUAAUACUAUGUUGUCGUGCGCUUCUUCGGGCACAUCUCUUGAAAUUGGCAACAGUACAGUUUGUUCGAAAUACUCUGGGACGUGAGUUGAUGCUAAGUGAUCAGUUGGAAUUCUUGAAUUUUUGGUACGUGAUGAUUGUUAUAAACGAUAUAUGCAUUAUCUGUGGCACUUUAUGCAAAAUCACAAUUGAAUUCAGAGAUUUCGAUAAUGAUCUAUUUACCACGUCUGGUAUAUUACUGGGCACCGGUGCCCUUCUAGUUUAUGUCGGUGUACUGCGUUACUUCUGUUUCUUUUCAAAAUAUAACAUAUUAAUUUUAACAGUAAAGAAAUCGUUGCCAAAUAUUCUUCGCUUUAUGUCUUGUGCAGCUGUUCUUUACGCCGGUUUUCUUAUCGCCGGAUGGGUUAUAAUUGGACCAUAUAGUUUAAAGUUUCGUACGUUAGGAAAAUCAUCAGAAGCGUUGUUUUCAUUAUUAAAUGGUGAUGACAUGUUCGCUACAUUCUUUACUAUCAAUGAUUCUAAUACAAUUAUUAAAAUAUUUGGCACAGCUUAUAUUUAUAUAUUUGUAUCUUUAUUCAUUUAUGUAGUUUUAUCGCUAUUCAUUGCUAUUAUUAUGGAUGCUUAUGAAGUCAUCAGGGAUCGCUAUGGAAGUCAAGAGAGUGAAGAGAAGUCAUUAUUGCAACUUCUGUGCGAAGGCGAAUUACACGACUUAAUGGAUGCUGAAGAAAGACGCUUUCAGUAUUCUUCAAGCAAUUUGCUCAAAUUAGAUUGUUGUGAUUUGUUCCAUCGACUAACCAGACGAUUGCGAAACCAUUCUCGUAUUAUGCAACAGGAACCAUCAUAUAAUUCAUUUGAAAAUUCAAACACAUCAGUCGAUAAUCAUGUUGUAAAUACAUGA